UUGUUAAUCUUCAUCCGAUCUAACUUAGAUAUGCCUGAACUAGGUCUAAAACCUGAGCCUGCAGAUGCAGAUGCCCAGUCUCUCAGCAAAGCCCAAAAACGAGCGGAAGGACGAGCGCGACAGGAACAACAACGAGCCGCGAAAGCUGCACAGAAACAACAACAAUCGGGUCAGGGAGUAUCCGGCACUACAGGAUCAUCCUCUUCCAAACCGAAGGGGUCCGCUACACCUAAAAAACCAAUUUCUGAAUCAAACAAAACACCUUCAGCCGCAGCGUCAACGUCGAAAGACGCGCCCACGAACAUACGGGACGGCGCUGGAGGCACAGACGGUUCAUCGGAUAGCCCAAAAUCGCGAGGCCUUCGCAUCUUCUCACACUUCGGUUUACCAAAAACCCCAGGCCAUCAAAUCAAAGGAGACAUACAUCCUGCGAUUGUCAAAUUGGGAUUACAGUUUUCGGAAUUUAAGAUCUGUGGCGCAAAUGCACGGUGUAUUGCUACGUUGACUGCGUUCAAGACGGUUAUACAAGAUUAUGUUACGCCUCCGCAUAAUACUCUCUCGCGACAUCUCAUGACAUACUUAUCACCUCAAAUUACGCAUCUUGUCACUGCAAGACCCAUGUCAGUUACGAUGGGGAAUGCCAUUCGACAAUUAAAGCUAGAGAUCAGUGGCUCAGACAUAGAUCUUCCGGAGCAGGAUGCAAAGGAUGCGCUUUGCCAUAAAAUUGAUGAAUAUAUACGAGACCGUAUCAUUAUUGCAGACGAAGUUAUCGAAGAUCUAGCGGUCAAAAAGAUCAAAGACGGGGACGUUGUUCUUACUUACGCGAGAUCGUCGCUGGUAGAAAAGAUUUUACUACGCGCACACUCACUGGAUAAACGAUUUUCAGUGAUUGUCAUUGACUCGCGGCCGUUGCUUGAGGGUAAAACUCUACUUCACAGCCUCGCUUCCACAGUACCUCCAUUACCAUGCACCUACGCCCUUCUUCCUGCCCUUCCCUCCCUUAUAACUGAUGCUGAUAUCGUUUUACUCGGUGCACACUCACUCCAUGCUAAUGGAUCGGUGUAUUCGAGGGCAGGGACUGCCAUGGUCGCUAUGCUGGCUAAAGAACAUAGCGUCCCAGUCAUGCUAUGCUGCGAAACGUAUAAAUUUAGCGAUACUGUGAUGCUAGACGGUUUUGGGAAGAACGAGUUAGCACCAACAAAGUUUUCUCCCCAAGUACCGCAAUCGAAUUCUAGUCUCGAAGUCUUGAAUCCUUUGUAUGAUUCAACACCCGCGUCUUGUAUCACAGCGGUGGUGACGGAAGUUGGAUUGAUACCACCUACGAGUAUCAGCUCGAUACCUCUUGCAUUGGGAAGAACAACGCUAUGACGUCCAAGUAGAUUUUGGCUGUUAUGUGCAUGAUCAAUAUACGAUGUGGUUGUUCACAAAGUCAGCACAGUACACUGACAGUACAUCACAGUAUCUGAAAGGCAACUAGAGCCGCGUGUGCGCAGUCCAAAGUUUCGUCUAAGUAGUUGUAUGAUUGAAAUUCUAUAUGCAUUGAAUCUAAAUAGCAUAACUAUCAUGAUCUCUAUAACUCGUCCUUCUUCGAGUUAUCGGCCACCCUCUUCUUUAUCCAUUCAAAGGCUUUUUCGGUGACCUGUUCAACUGGAUGAUCGAAAAUGUAAGGGAGACCAGGUACAAGGGACAACCCGGUGGCUGUAGGCCCCCACACUUUUAAGCGGGGGUUCUUCACG